UUAAACCUUUCUUAUCCAGAGCGCAUGCGCAACCUUGACAUUAAACAGUGACACUGAAGGACGUUAAAACGAAUUUAAAACUUGUUACCGUCCUUUUUAUGUCUUUAACGUUUCACUGUGUUUGUCAGUAAAAGUUUCCAAGUUUUUAAGAAAUAUGUGCGACAUAAAGCGCCGGCUGUCUCAAAUGGACGAUUUCAACGAAAAAAUGUUUGAGGGCAAGCCGUGGGCCGAAAAACUGUUAUCUGAAUCGAUAAAAUUGACAAAAAAGGCAGUGGCGAACUGGUGCCACAUCGUGUGUAAAAUCGGCGAAGCCGAGGUAGACCUGGACGAUUAUGUGACAAUUUUCCUCCAACAAAUCGAAACCCUUUACGAAGACCUGAUCGCCGAUGUGGACACAAUCCACGAGAAAAGUCUCGAUAAAAUAAUGAAACUGUUGGAGAAACUCGAAAAUCUCUGUCGCGACCUCCACGUCCCAAUCCCCACUUUCAACUACGAAGGGGUUCCUCUGAGUGAGGUGCGCCUCCAAAUCGUCCAAAAGGUGGACGAAUUCGAGGCUUUGGCCCAGAUUCGCCGACGGGAGUUUAGCGAGUUGCAGCAGAAAGAGCUCAAACUGUGUGCCUGUCUGGGGCGGGCCCCCCGACUGCUCCCCGGGGCCCCACUCCCGUUGCCCCCCGAGCUGGAGGAGUUGAAGGCCUAUGUCGAGAACCUGGAGACGGAGGCGAUGGAACGGGAGGAGGUUUUCUUCCAACUGAAGGAAAAAAUCGUCGAGAUUGUCUCCGAACUAGAGAUGUGCCCUAAUCUAGAGUUCGAGAAGGAUAUUUUGAAUUUGUCCAAUACCCAAGUGCGCAUAACCGACGCAGAAAUGGAGCAGUUGCGGCAGUUCCACGACCAGUUGGUCAAGCGCCUCGCUGACGUGACCGAGGAGGUUGAAGAGUUGAGGAGCAGGAUCGACGAUUUAUGGAAAAAAUUGGAGGUUGAUUUGGUGGAGCGUGAUGAUUUCCGGGCGAGACACGUGGGGCACUCGUUGAAGACGCUGGAGGCGCUUAAAGAGGAGUUGAAUAGGUUGAAGGCGAUGAAAAAGGCCAAGCUUCAGAGUUUCAUUUUAAAGCAACGAGAUGAGCUCGAAGAAUGGUGGGAAAAGUGUCACUGUACACAAAAACAACGCGAUGAUUUUACGUUUUACUACUCCGAUUGUUUUACCGAAGAUUUGUUCGAUAUACAUGAGCGUGAAAUCGAGAAAUGGAAGAAUUAUCACGAGGAGAACUCUGAAAUCUUUGCACUUCUCAAGGAGUUUAAGACGUUGUGGACGGAACAGAUCGAGCUAGAAUCGAAUUCUAAAGGUGCUAAUCGGUACAAGAACCGCGGAGGGCAAUUGUUGAUUGAGGAAAGGAAACGUAAUAAGCUCAAAAAACGACUUCCAGUAGUUGAGGAUAAGCUCCGAAGUUUGGCUCAAGCGUAUUUGGUCCGAAAUGGGCAAGAAUUCGAGACGUUUGGGCAAACAAUCGACGACUACAUUCAACAACUGCACGAAAAUAAAGAACGGAAACUGAGUGCCAAGAAACAACUGCGUGAGCAACAGCCGUCCUGUUCGAGCAGACUGCCCACAACUCCACGCCACUGCUCCAAACGCAAAGUCACAGCGACUCCAGCGACAGAACCCUCCAAAAAAGCAAAACUUGCGGUUUUGAAAAAGGUCUCAAAGACUGGCUUACCCAAAUUCAACACAUCAAAAACUAAGAAUAAUCGUCGGCGGUCCUCUGCACAUAAACAACGACUGAGAAGCCGACUAUUUAAGAGCUCGGAUAAGGAAAAUCAGAGUAAUGUUUCGACCACAUACCACGAUUUUGAGAAAGAAAUAUCGGCAAGAGAUGCGUGCAGGAGUACCAUCGGUGGAACGAUUGGUCUACAGGUUACAAAUCCAGAGGGGAUUCGCAUAAAGCAGGAAAACUUUGCCAUUCCCAGUGGCAUUGCUCCCUUGCCCAGGACACCAAGGCCCAAAAAUCCGAGCAAAUUUUAAUUAAUCGACUGUUACAUUUUGUUUUUGUAUUAUUUUUACGCACAUGUACUUAAAAGGAGUUUAGUUUUUAAAUUACGUCCAUUUGUUUUUUAUUUAAAGGUGCUCCUCUAUUAUAUGUUACAAAUUACUAAAUAUAUUUAUUGCAUGACUAAAA